AUGAGAACCAAUCCUACUACUUCUCCUCCCGGGGCUUCCACAAUUGAAGAAAAAAGUACAGGUCGUAUCGAUCAAAUUAUUGGACCCGUGCUGGAUGUCACUUUUCCCCCAGGCAAGUUACCUUAUAUUUAUAACGCUUUGGUAGUCCAGAGAAGAGACACUGACGAUAAGCAAAUUAAUGUGACUUGUGAGGUACAACAAUUAUUAGGAAAUAAUUGA